AUGGCUGUUCUUCAUACGCUAGCCUGCCUAAACUAUAAGAUUAAAGUCCUUUUUUAUGAUGAGUUCAUGAAAAGAUGAUCAAAAUGAAGAUUUGGAGAUUUAAACUAUUAUUUUACAGAGAAUCAGCAGUAUAUACAGUUAGUAAACUUAGUAAAGGGAAAAAAUACUUUUUGUAUGGAAAUUGACCUAAAAAGAAAGAAAUUCUAUUGAUUUUAA